GGCGGCGCGCGCCGCGCUCCGGGCCGCGCUGGGUUUUGAUUUGCUGUGCUGUAACGCCGCGGUCGCUGAUCUGUGGAGAAAAAGUGGGGAUUUGUGUGAGUCCAGCUGUUCUCGCUGUCCCGGAGCCUUCCUGUAAGUGCUGCCUGGCGAAACGGCCUCGUUUCUGUCAGCCGUAAUGGCUAAUUAGGCCGUGUUGAGCCCGCAGCCCCACAGAAGCGGAGCUGUGGCAGCUGCACCUGGCCGGGCUCAGCGGGCUGCCCGCACAGCUAAAGGGGGUUUGUCCUUCACACGUGAUUGAAUCCAGGCCCGAAAAAGCGCCCACGAUAGACGGGCCCCUUUGUGUAGCAAAAACAAACCUGCUGCCGCUGCUGGGGUGGUUUGGAGGCCGACCCUGGGUGUGACUGCCGCAAACCGGAGCUCAGAGGAGUUACCGUAGUUACGGUGAGGGAACACGUGGCGAUGCGGCCGGCUGCACUGUCCGCCCUUUGGUGUCUGUUUGGUUUCUGUAUUGGAUAGCGGGGGAAAUAUUUGCAUACGAAGACGGCAGGUACUCAGAAGGAAAGUAGAGGUUGAGACAUCUCAGUAGUUAUGGCGAAGGAUAAGAAGAAGGAUGGCAAGAAGUCAGAGAAGCCCACCCAUCCUGCCCCUGCACCCAGCGCUGCAGCUGAGAGUAGUCCCACAGAGCUGACAGGUCUGCACGCCUCCGCCGACGAGGUGGAAGAAGCACAAGCGAGUGCAGCAGAAUCAGAUAAAGAAAUAGAGAAAGCAGAGGGACCUCCCGGCCAACAAGACGUUCCUCCAUACUACCAGGAGCCCAUUCUUACUCAACUCAUUGUGAAAAGCUAUGAAGGUGACAAAGUUCGUAGGUUGUAUGAGGGUGAAGGUGUUGCGUUUUUUGAGGGAGGAAAUAUAUAUAAGGGCAUGUUUUCUGAAGGGUUUAUGCAUGGACAAGGGACUUACACAUGGGCUGAUGGAGUGAAGUAUGAGGGAACGUUUGUUAAGAAUGUGCAGAUGUUUCAUGGAUACUAUAUGUGGAAUGAUGGCAGUAUUUAUGAAGGCUCAGUCAAAAAUGGACUUAGGCAUGGAUUUGGCUUUUUCCGGAGUGGUAUCCAUCCAGUUUCUUACAUUGGUUACUGGUAUAAAGGCAAAAGACAUGGAAAGGGCACCAUUUAUUAUGACCAGGAACAUAUGUCUUGGUACUCAGGUGACUGGGUAGAUAACGUCAAAGAAGGAUGGGGAAUAAGAUGCUAUAAGUCUGGAAAUACCUAUGAAGGUCACUGGGAGAAAAAUGUGCGUCAUGGAAAGGGAAGAAUGAGGUGGCUGACAGCUGAUCAGGAGUAUGUUGGACAGUGGGUGUACGGCGUACAGCAUGGAUAUGGCACCCACGUGUGGUUUCUGAAGAGAAUGCCUGCAUCGCAGUAUCCCUUGAGGAAUAAGUACAUGGGGGACUUUGUGAACGGGGAGCGCCACGGACGUGGGAAGUUCAUCUAUGCCAGUGGAGCGGUGUACGAUGGUGAAUGGGCUCAUAAUAAGAAGCAUGGCAAGGGCAAGUUUGUCUUCAAGAAUGGAAGUAUUUACGAAGGAGAGUUUAGAGGUGAUAAGAUGGUAGAAUGUCCCUCUUUUCAGCUGGAUGCAGUGAGUGCUCCAAAGCUGAAUGCCAUUUGCUCAGGAAGUUGUUCUGGUUCUGAAACAAUCAGAAUCAUUAACAACUCAGAAAACCCAUCUGCUCUGGGAUCAGAUAUUGAAUUAGAUAUAUCUUCACUGCUUAACUUGUUGCCAAGGGAAGAGAGGCAAGAAGAAGUGAAACAAGUAGAAUUUGCUGUGUUGAGACAUAUUACAAAACUGAGAGGAGUUUACACCUUUUACAGCAGCUUAGGCUGUAAUGAUUCUCCUGACAACACCUUCCUUAUGACCAGGCUCCAGUUUUGGAGAUUUCUGAAGGACUGCUGCUUCCAUCACUCCAGUAUGACUCUUGCUGAAAUGGAUCGGAUGUUGAGUGGUGAUAAAACACCACUUGAGGAGAUACAUUCUCCAUAUGAGACUUUACUGUUUAGAACAUUUUUAUCUCACCUUAUUCAUCUAUCAUUUCAUAUCUAUCAUGAGGAAUACAAAGAUAAAGGUCUUUACUUGCAUAAGUGUUUCACUGAAAUGAUGUCCAGGAAUGUUAUUCCCACUGCAUGUCAUGUUCAGGGUUUGUUAUUUUCUGAACAGCAUCGUGCUGUUUUUGCCAUGAGGUACAUUGACAAAUGCUGGGAAAUAUACAGAGCUUUUUGUCGUCAGAAUGCCAGACCUCCGUUUGAACCCACAAUGAAAAUGAGGCAGUUCCUUUGGAUGUUGAAUGAUUUUAAACUUCUCGGCAAACAAUUAACUGCUGCAAGACUUGUGGAAAUACUUUUCAAAGAUGGUCCCUCCCUACAUGACAGCAACAGUAGCAACCUGGAGCAGGAGCUGGUUUUUCUUGAAUUUGUUGAAGCUCUUCUUCAUUGUGCAUUGGUGUAUGUUACCAGUGAUGUGAUUAAGGAGCAGGUAGAUCGAGAUAAUCAGAAAAGAAGUAGCUUUAGAAUGGAGGGUUUCUCUGAAGGAACCGCAAACGUGCCUUUCUACACACAGUAUUCUCCCUCCCAGGUGCUGAGACCUUGUGAAGACAGAGGGCAAACUCUUCAAGAAUUUCUAAUGGGUAGUGUCCAGUCAUCCCACACAACUCAUGGCAGUGUCAAAGAUGUUCGGCCAUUGUCCAGUUGGGAUGCAGAAAAAGAACAGGAUUUCUCUCCAACGUCAGAAUUGAUAGAUGAACUGGAAGCCCAAACUGGAAAAGAUAAGGAAUUUGAUUGGUGGAUGUAUCAAGUGCAAAUCUUUUUUACGAACAAGUUUUUUCCUGCCUACCACCAUGAAAAAGUGUUGAAGGCAAAAAUAAAAGAAAAUCAAAUACGGAAUGCUGAGUUAGCUGAGCUGAGAAGGAAGAAGGAUGAGGAGAUAGCAAAACUUAUUGCUGAAAGAGAAGCAGAAGAUGCAAAAAAGCAGAAAGAAGCUGCAGAAGAAGAAGUGUCACUGGAGUCUAAGAGUACAGUUUUUAAGGAGUUAGAAGAGCCCGGUGCACAGUUAGCACCCCCUCCAAAGGAAGAGGCAUCUGCUGUACCACCCCCAGCUGUUACCAAGGUGCCUACAGGAACCAAGAGGAGGAGGAAGUAAAUCUUCUGAUGAAAUCCACUAAACUGACAAGUAUGUAAGUGUUCUUUGAAGAAAAAAAAAUACAAGCCAAAACCCACACCAAAUAACACUUCCACAUCACAAAUCACAAGUGCUAUAAAAGUGAGAUUUGCUGUUUUUAGAAGGAAACUGAACUUCAGGGCCAUCUGUCCUUAAACAAAGGGCCCUGGGAAAAGGAAUAUGUGGGCAGUUAAAUAAAGUGUAACCCUCUGCAGAGAUAAACAAAGCUAUUCCAGCAAUCAACAUUAGAUAAUUAGUUAAAACUUGUAUCAGUGUUAAGCCCACACAGAACUUACAUUCCCUAUCAUGACGGUAUUGCUAAAGUAAAUGGUUUCAUGCUAAAUCAGUUUUACUUACAUGAAGUAAGCCAAAUAAGUAUUUUUUGUGGUCCCAUCUGAUUGUAUCUGGGGAAUACUUGAAGGUAGGAAUUUGACAACAAAAGAGGUAAAUCAAAGCAGGAGUUGUUAAAAUCAGAUCAGCUUAGAAAUGGAGCUAGAAGGUUACCUGGUCAGAGGUCUUUUGUAACCAGUCUCAUUUCACAUUUCAUGGCAGUGUGACAUUGUGCUUAUUUUAUACAAAUCAACACAGAGAUCAAAAGAUGCCCUUAAAAGUGUAACAAUUAUUAGUUGUAAUUUAUUUUCCAGUAAAAUAUUCACAUAACAUCAGAAUGGAAUGGUACAGGUGAAUUCAGACUGGUUUUUAAUUUGUUUGCACAUACAUAAACUUUUUAAAAUCUAGAAAUUUCAUGAUCAGUUUACAGAUUUUAGUAGAAAUUUUGAUUCUUACAAAGCAAGUAUUGCUUUACUAUUGUCCUUAUUCCAGUCAAUAAUAUGACUAAUAACUUUUCAUGUUGAACAAGUGUCUGACAUUGACAUCUUUAUAAAUCAGUCCUUUGCAGAUCAAUCCAAGAAGAAAAUAUUAUUAAAUUGUGUUGCACAAAGUUUCUUCACUUCUUCUGUAAAACAAACAAAAAAACCCAACAUUUUUAGAAAUUGUGAUAUUUUAAAGGGACCUAUGUAAGAACCAGGGCUAGCAUCAAGUAGAAUACAAUUAAAUAGACAAAAAAAAAAAAGAGGUUCUACUGUAGAAAAUUUUUUUUGUUGUUUUCAGUAAGAGAAAGUUGAGUCAAGCCAGAAAUUUCAGUCUGUCUGAAAGAGGAACUGUAAGUGGCAAAAGUGUAAAUGAGGGGGAGUUGGACGGACCGUUUGUCUUGUCAAACCUCUACACUGCAACAGCAGAAUACCUAGCUUCUGCGCAAGGAACUAUAUUAUAAUUCCUUCUCAGAGGAAGGAGGGAUUACUACAGUUUGUUACAAUAAAUCAAGCUAGCAAAGCUUUUUGCAGUUUGGCAGACAAUGGUGCAGGGGUAGCAGUACUUCCUGGAUUUAUAAGGCACACAAAGAAAAUGUACGGUUUCUGUAUAACAGAUUUGACUGGAGAAUAACUAACAGUCAUGUAAAUCAUGCAACCAGCUUCUCUCCCAAAAAUUUAGAUUAUUAUGCUGUAAUCUUAAAAACAAAACAAAAAAACUAAUUCUUUUCCAUCAUUCAUGCGAGAGAGUACUGCCUCUCAUUAAAACACAGAGUCCCAAAGUUACUGCAAGUAAUACUCAAACUACUCCUCUUAAAAAUGAAUCUAUUUAAAAGCUUACUGCAUCUUCAGGUUCAUUUGCCCUUUAAGAGAAAAUUAGUCUUCAAAAAGCAUCAAAAAUAGACAAUAACUGAAUGAAUACCAAUGACAGGAGAGACAUGAUGUAUAAAUAACCUACUAAUGGAUCACUGACAAAAGUCAGAUAUAACAAUUUUCAACUAAUACACUUCAUUAAUUGUUCCUCAGCUUCACAGAGUAGUUCUUUGAUUUCAAGGAGGAAAAAUAACUGAGUAAAUAUUUGGCAGGCAUCUUAAAUUAUCUUAAAUCUUAAAUGAUGUUGCUGUUUUUUUGUAGCUGGUGGAAGGCAGACUAAACCCUUAUGGAAACUUACCUUGUCUUGUCUGUCAUAGAUCAAUCUGUCUAUAGCUUUUGGAUCAGAUUAAUUUUAUUACUUCUCCAUAGACAGAUAUUUUAGUAGUAACUAUUUAAAGGUAAUAAAAGCCAAUCCUUACCGUUAACUUCAAUCAGAUUUGCAUUUUUUUGAUUCAAAAUAACAUACAAUUCUCGUUGGUCAGACUUCUUCCCAACUACCCAGUAAUCACUCAUUGCCUUCACAAUAAUUUCCUCAUCUUCAUCAACUCUGAAAGAAGUUACAGAAGGUAAACGUGAUGGCAAACUGAUUUUCAAUAAUUUUCAGUACAAAUGAUUAUGAAUAGUGUUCUAAUUUGUUGUGUUUGUAUAGUAUCAGAGUACUAACUCUGGCAUAAUUCAUCAGUCCAAGAUGAAAACUUCACAAAUAAGCUGCACAGAAUGAUUUGGUCAUCUAAGGACACAGUUCUUAAUUUGGCUGCUGGCCAACCACUCUGCUACUCUGAAGAAAACGCCUAUCUUCCAGGAAUUUAAGGACAUGCUUCAAACAUUGUUUUGUCACCAUGACCAGAGAACAGGUGGAGAUACUGUGAUGAUAGUAGGCUCUCACAUAUCAAGUUGUUAAACCUACAACCCAACCAUGCUGAACAACUAGGUCUGUUAUAUAAGGCUGUCACUAACCCAUUACUUCCAUAAAAUGCAACUUUCUGAAUUAAAGAAAAAUGAAAAACUUGAAAAACUUAAGUGGGACAACUGUUAGCCCCUAGUUAGAGCUGUAGCCGUCACAAUCAUUUUGUAGUGAAAGGAAGGUCUCCACACCAUGAAAUAGGUAAGAGGAUGCCAUUUACAGAAAGCUAGUAUUCUAGGAGCAGUACUGUAAUAACUGCAAGGUUUGUAUUCCAUCUACUACCUGGUCCCUAAAAGCAGCCAGCUAUUUCAGAGGAGCAUACAGUACAGUAGGAUGAAGCAGGGUUCCCUGUUCUUUAUUCUACUUAGCCUGAGGUUAGCCAGACCUAUGUGCAAAAGCACUAGAUAAAGCUUCAGGUCCCUCCUGAGUUUCUUACAGUUUCUCUAAAGCUUCAAACAGCUGAGAUUUUAUAAUAUAGUACAGAGGCCCUGCUCCUUUCUUUAAAUUAUUUUUUUUCUAAAGAACAAGAAAAGUUUAUGUAUGACAUACUACUUCUAACCACCACAAAAUAUUUAGUAUGACCACUAUAACAAAGUCUACCGUACAGAGAUAUGAACGUCAUUCAUGUCAAAAAGGCAUGGAAGCUUCACAAAUAAAAAAAAAUUUAACUGACAGAAGGACUUAAAAGACUAUUUAAUAGUUGAGCAUUACCUAGAGAAGUCACUAUUGAUAUCACCAAGAAUCUUCAUGAGGUCAGGAUGUACAGAUGCAAGUGAUACGCUGGGUGUUUUCCUCAUGUGAAUGGUACUCUUCUCUGCAAGGUUCAUGUGAUUGAAAUAGAUGAACUUAAACUGAGGCUCCUUCUCAGCCCUAGGAAGAUUCAGAAAAAGGAAGUGACUUGCAAAUACUGCCACGGUACAUAAGCACAAGAUUCAGAAAGAACAGUUAUCAGCUAGCCAGUGUAAAACUGAGACAUCCUGAAAUUAUUUUCACAUUGAAGAGACCAAGUAAAACUUGUGGCAAAAUCAAACUUCAUUUCAAUACUUAAAUGAGAAAACAAAAUGAAAAAAAAUCUGUUUUUCCUCUUCUUGUGCUACUAAGAAAUAGACACACUGGAGUCUGACAGCCUGGUCCCAUGUACCAGCAGUAUUUUGUUUCCAUCUUUCUUAUAAGCUAUUUUUUCUCCACUGGUUUGUUUCCUUGCCACAUCAGCUCAGAUUAGUUUUUAAACAGAGGCUUAGUCUUUAAAUUGACUAACUGGGAAUCUUCCAUUCACCUCUUUAAUUUUUCUGCCAUAAAAAGAAAGAACUCUGACUUGAUCAAUGCGAUUAAAUAUUCCAUCAUCAGUUGUGUGGCCAGGUGAGACUAUUUUCAAACUACUGCCUUGGUUAUUCUUCUCCAUUUCCUCUUUUAUUACAGUAAUAUAACAUCUGUCACUUACAGCUGUAAUUCUGUAGGAGCCAUAGGAAAUUUAAAUUGGCAAAACCUGGCUAUAGCAAGUGGUACUACAGGCUAUGUAUUAUUCAGAAUGAAGGAGAUACUGGGAUGACACCAGUCACCUUAGCAAACAACUAGAUAUACUUUCUCUCUGUCACUCCAAUGAAUUAGUUUCAAGAAACUGUAUCAUGUUUUCAGGACACUGUGGCAUUAAACUUUAAAAGAGUUAAAGCAGCCAAAGCCAGUCGCAGGUAAUCUAAAAAGACCCCCAGGUAGACUGGGAAAGCAGAAGUCAAAUGAGAGGAGGUGGGCACAGAGCCAGCAGUGUUUUUUUUUCUUUACGAGACUCAAAUGUUCUAAUUGCCCAGGGGCUAUCUGUGAGCUUCAGGAGAUUCUGUUUUGCUCAAGAAAAGUUGGGAAGUAUAAACUGAAGUUAAGGUUUUACAGGAACUGCUGCUUUUCUAUUUCAACAUGCAGGGAGAUACAGGGUAAAAAUGCAGACUGAAGUUUUCUCUCUCUUGUAUAUACUUCUGCAAGCACAGUAACCCACAGAACUGUGCAUCUCCACAGGUCAGCUAGUUUCAUCUUCACAUAUGAAAGAAGCAAAAUCCAAAUAUUCCACCUGUACCUGAAUACUCUGUUAACAGCUUGGGAACGAGGUGGCAGAAUCUUAAUUAAUAAGAAUUCUUAUCUUAAUGUUUACAUGACUUUUUUCUGCAGCAGUUCUGCAUGUAGGGGAAAAAGGUUUCAGCUAUACAACAAACGUUCAUUCCUGUAUAAAUAAUAUGCAUGUUAUUAUUUCAGGGAGACUUGAAUAUGCAACAACAGGGACUUUAUAAAUGCUUAAGGUACAGAAGGGUAGAUAAACGUUGUUUAAAAUACACAGCUAAAUCAGUGCUUUCAACACUUAGGAUCGCAUUACUAUUACAUAAGCAGUCCAAUAAGCCUAAUUUUUAACCAGCUAAUACAGGACUCUGACAGAAGCAGAAAUGUGGUACAAACCCUGAUAUUCUCUUGUUGAUGUUGUAUUGUUCACAUAUGUCUGAUGCUAACACAGUGAGCUGAGGCCCAACAAUGCUGUCCAGUUUACGACAAAACUCCAGUGUGGGUGGAAUUGAAGCUACGUGGUAAAGAAAAGGGAGAAGUGAGAUUCUCUUCCAACAGUAGAGAGGGUACAAUUUCUGUAGCUGCUUUCCUUAAACAUCAUUGGAAGCCCUAGGACCAAUUUCUUUUAAUUAUACUCACGCACUGUGCAAAUCAUAUGUAAAGUUAACUUUAAGCAAUACUUAGUCAUUUUAUUGUGUAAACUGAAUUACCAGUGGAGCAAAAUCAAAAGACCGAUAAAAAGCACUCAGGAAGAAAAAACUCAAAUAAGAAAUUAACUUGAGUAGUUUUCAAGAGUAAAACAAGCUUUAUGCAUUUUGUAUUAACUAUGUCUCAACUUAGAAGUGAUACUAGCAGGUACUUACCAUCAAUCAUAAAGCAGACAGCUGCACUCAUGGCCUGGAAGAAAAAAAAGUUAAAACACAAAUACAUGUUACUUCAGCCACCUCAAAUAAAUGGCAGUGUUUCAGUGAAGUCACACACUGGUCAACCAGUUUUUAAAAAGUUACUAUUAUUACUAAAAAUUCAUCCAGUUUAAAGGCAACCCGUCAACAGGAUAAUCUCUUUACAAUCAUCCAUAACACAGGAUAGUUGCCACCUUAAACCCUGUGUAUGGUAACUGCUGAAUCACAGCCUAAACCACUGAUUGAGCACCUGGGGAGAAGACCCUGUCAGCCCUGGGAGCACAGGUGAGGGCAAUUCAGCUGUGGGACAAGAAGAGGUGGAGCCUGGCUGCACCUCUCUUGGACCUCAUUUAAGGGCUGACUGCCACGGGGGAAGGAUCCCUUUCUGGAGUUCCUUCCCUGGUGAGGCUUUGCCCUGUGAACCUCAAAUCUUCUGAUAUGGGUGAGCAAUCUUCUUUCUUUCUUUCUUUCAUAGCAUCUUUCUAUCAUGCCAAUCCUUCCAUCAUAUUGAUCUAUCCAACUGCUACGCCCUGUAAACUGUGCUGAGAUUUAAGUAGGAUAAAUGUAAAAUGUAUUAAUAAAUGCAUUCUAUGCAAGGACAAAAAAUCUGCUAGGAACUUCCUCCCCAUUUAUUAAUACAAUAUAAAGAUGAAAUCUCAAAGUUGAAGGCUGGUAUUUUGUUUUUGAGGAAGUGUUAUUUUGGGAGGGGUACAGGAGAGAGGAAAAGAGGAUUCAAGUUUCAAAGCUUCUUGCUCAAAAUUCCAAAGAGUUUUCUGUCUCUUUAAUCUGGUCCUAUCAAUUAAUGUUUAUAUGCAAUUCACAAGUAUUUUGCAUCACUGGUUUCCUCAUUGUAUAUAGAUUCUUAGAUUUGAGAAAUAAUUGCAGAGAAAAAUGCAAUACCUUAUAAACAAUUAGAUGAAGCUCUUCAUAAGUAUCAUCAGUGUUAACAAAUAUUUUGGGGAAUCGGCAUUUUGCUUCUGGAUCGUUAAGAUUUAAGGGUCCAGUAAGAAACCUAUAAAAUAAUUUAACAGCUCAGAUGUGAUACAUUCUUGUAUUUUGGUUUUUCUUAUUUAACAGAUGUUUGUAAAGUUAGCAAUUACUUGCAUGUUUGAAUGGAUCUGAAUACAAUGAGUACUGAGCUAUCCAGAGAAGCAUAGAGCCCUUUUUCACUGCCACUGGGAAAGCCUGCAUCCUCUGCUUUCCACCAGGAGCUUUAUGUAGAACAGUAGUGUACUAGAGGAACUUAACUUUGAGGUGAAAGCCAGGAGAGCUCAUGCCACUGCUUCAAUCCCAAUAGAAUACGCUAUAACAAAGGAAACUAUAGUGUUUAAAGAAAGAUGCCCAAAUCCACAAUUAUUCAGAUGUUGCCCAGUUGCUUACAUGCCCACCCUGACACACUGAGUACAGUAUCACUGGAUACAUGCACCUUUGUCUCAAGUGCCUGACUGAAAGGAAGUGUCUGGAGCACUGCCAAAACUUUUCAUGCAGUACAUUAAGAAUGGUGGGGAAGAAAAGGCUUAAUUACUGUUACUGCAUACUUUUUUUUUUUUUUUCCAGAGGUAAGGUUUUACUUGGCACUGACUACUGUAUAGCCUAUGGAAUAAACUACGUGUGGAACAUGCAGCCCGAAAUAAAUUCCUUCCUCUCAAACAUUCUGCCCUCAAGGGAAGCAGCAGUAGAUGGUGACAAUUAUUAAGAGCUACCUUCCGUAAUGUUGUAGAUUUCCUGGCAUUUCAGCCCGUAUUGGAGAAUCUCUUCCUGCUAACUGAAGCAAAAAGGAACAAGAAAAAACAGCUUAGAGGUAUUUCCUGUUAAUUUUUUUGUGGACUGUUCUUAAGUCAUACCAAAGCAAACCACUUGCAGAAAAUAACACUUGGCUAAAGUGCAAGAGUUGCUAACAGGGCAUUCAGAUUUCUUAUUUAUUAAUUUUUAAAUGUAAUUUAUGGAGCUCUGCCAGGGUGGGGGGGAUAGGGAGGGUAACUAACUCCUUGUGGUCUGAACAGCAUUUCACACUGAAACAAACACCAUGAGGCAAAUGUCCUCUUUUAGAAAAGCUUGCUAAAAGCCACAGAUGCUUGCUUUUCAGUUAUAGGAGGUGAAAAGGUUCUGCCAAUAAGGCUUGAAGACUUUCAAAAUUCACUUCAAGCAGUUUGAAACUUCAAUUCACCGAGCCCUGAGGUGCUAGAUGAAGACUCAGGUCAAUUAGGAGUUCCUAAGAUGCUGAAUGUCAAAAUUGCUGUACUUGAUCAACAAUGUAUUAACUACAAAACAACAUGACUUACUCAAUUACCUUAAAAAAAAUCUUACAAGCAUUAAUAUGCAUUAACACUGUACAUCUUUGGUAGGCCCAACUGAAUGUUUUUAAAUCAGUUCAUUUUAAAAUAAUACUUGCAUUAAAACGCUCUUUUCCUAUGA